GUGUGUGCUGGGAGGGAUAAGGGAGGGGCUGCCUGGUGCGGGUGCCCCUGGCACUUCCUAGGAGUCUCACAGCCCUUUCUUUACAGCGGUCACUAGAAGACUUCUGGAUUUCACGCGGAAAGAAAGUCUCCCAUCUAAACCCGCUGUUCCUUCCAUUCCUCAUUUGCUCUCCACAAACUGCUCCUCUAAGCCUUUCCAUUGUGCUCUGCCGCCUGCAUAAGACCUUCACCUCCUUUGUAGUGGGGAGACUUACUUUGAGGCUAACGGAACCUCUGGCUACAAUGGAGCUCUAUGGAAAGAUGGCCUCUGCACAAGAUGCCAGGUUUGGUCAGAAAGACUCUUCUGACCAGAACUUCGACUACAUGUUCAAGUUGCUGAUCAUUGGCAAUAGCAGCGUGGGCAAAACAUCUUUCCUGUUCCGCUAUGCUGAUGACUCCUUUACAUCUGCAUUCGUCAGCACGGUCGGCAUCGAUUUCAAAGUAAAAACUGUAUUCAAAAAUGAGAAGAGAAUCAAGCUUCAGAUUUGGGACACAGCAGGCCAGGAAAGAUACAGGACCAUCACCACAGCCUAUUAUCGAGGGGCCAUGGGCUUCAUUUUAAUGUAUGACAUCACAAAUGAAGAAUCCUUCAAUGCUGUACAAGAUUGGUCAACUCAGAUAAAAACAUACUCUUGGGAUAAUGCCCAGGUUAUCCUGGCUGGAAACAAAUGUGACAUGGAAGAUGAACGGGUCGUCUCAACCGAGAGAGGCCAGCGCUUAGGAGAACAGCUCGGGUUUGAGUUUUUUGAAACCAGCGCCAAGGAUAACAUCAACGUGAAGCAAACCUUCGAGCGCCUCGUAGAUAUCAUCUGUGACAAAAUGUCAGAGAGCCUGGAGACCGACCCAGCCAUAGCUGCCGCCAAGCAGAGCACGAGGCUCAAGGAAACCCCUCCUCCACCGCAGCCCAACUGUGGCUGCUAAUGUCUCCCACACAGGAGCUCCAAGGGGCUCCAGAGCAGCCAAGAGUCAGCAUUUAUAAAUGGUCUAUUAGCCUUCAAUUAUACUGCCUAAUAAUUAUUUGAAGGAAGUCUUUGAUGUCAGUGGCCCAUAUAUGCAUUCAAACCGUGAGCAAUCGCCUGUGUCAACAUGUGGCAAAUUUGCUCUUAUAUUUGUAAGGAUCGUUCAUCUAUAAACACCUGCUACUUGCAUGUAACUUAUCAUUCGUCUUUCAUAACUUUUUUGCAGCUUUUUUCUCAGUUAAGCUAUUGCAGAAACACCAAACUAUAAUUUUACUGCGAAUAACUUUCUUGCCACGGAUUUAAAUCAUGCUUCUGAUUUGUAUGGAUGAUAACCUAGGGACCGUGUGUGUGUGUGUGUGUGUGUGUGUGUGUGUGUGUGUGUGUGUGUGCUGUGAGCAGGGGGAGAUGUCAGGAAACUUAGUUUUGCCUUUGUCUAAAAAGAAAGUGGGACUUUUGCUCUUGAUUGGAGACCCUAUCACAGGUCUGGGAGUCUACUAUUAGGAAAUGUAUAUAUAUUGCACUUUCAUUAAUAAUAUCUGAAGGGUGUGUUGACUUUAAAAACAUUGAGGGGUUGGGUGCAGGGUCACCCAAGAGGCUGAAGCAGGAGGAUAAUGAGUUGAAACAGCCUGAGCUAUGAAACAUAAAACUCUAUCAUGGGAUAAAGAAAAAGAAAGUGAAAUUCAGGCCCUUGCAAGUUUUUUUUUUUGAACCACAUAAACGUAAUCGAGGUUUGCAGACCCUACUGCAGUGAUUCUUGCCAGUGAUUCUGUGCACCUGUGCAUGUGUGAGAGCGAUGACUCAAGAAGAGUCACUAUCUACUUAGUGUCAGCUGCCCAACAAGCACUGUAACCAGAAGUGCUGUGAGUAGCUGUGGAAUUCCAUGACCUGAGCGGCCUCCACCCCUUAACGACUUGACCCACACAAAUAACCACCACCCUGGCUCUCUGGAACCAGCACCAAAUCUGAAAUAUAAAUUGGCUUGAACCUUUCUGAAUGCCCCUCUUCCUAUAAAAGGUAGGACAACACCUCAACCACUGCUCUCUGCUCCAACUUCAGCUAAGCUUUUCCACCUAUUUAGAAGGUAAUUGGGCCACUUUUCCAUGAGUCCUGCAUUGAGGAAAAAACAGUUUUAUAACCAUAUUUUUCAGAAUAUUUAUAAUUCUAGAGCAUGCCUUCCUUAUAUAAAUCUCUAAACAUGCUCAAGUUAAAACGGAAGACUACAAAACUGAGCAGUCCAGAAAAUUGACAAGCCAUGGCAGUUGAAGAGAGGCGGAUGAAACACUUGAACACCCAGUCUUUUCUUCUAGGUUUCCUGAAGACCAUAUAGAAAUAAUAUGCAAAAUCCUGGUGGCAGUAUUACCUACUUUUAAUCCCGGCAUUCUGGCGGCAGAGGUAGGCAGAUUUCUGAGUUUCAAACCAGAAUGUUCUACAGAGUGAGUUCUAGGAGAGCAAAGGCUACACAGAGAAACCUGCUCUAGGAAAAGAAGAGGAAGAAGAAGAAGAAGAGGAGGUGAAGGAGGAGGAGGAGGAAGAGGAGGAAGAAGAAGAUGAGGAGAAAGAAAUAAUACAGAAACAACUCUUAACCUCUGUGCCAAAUGCCAAGAGAAAUCUCUGCCUUCCAGAAGUAUUUGUUACAAGGAUCUUAUGAAGACAUCAGUUUGAAGGACAGGACAGUUUAGUUACAUAGACUUUUUUCCUUUUUGGUGGUUGUGUAAAAGAUCCAUCCUUCCCUUCAAAAACAGAGAACUAGCACUUGAAAGGAUUUAGCACAAGCUUGCUGAGCAAGGCUGUUGACAGGAUAGUAUGUGCAUGUUUUCUUCUUGUGUGCUUAGUUUCAAACUUAUACAUUAGUGGUAAGUUUCCACUUUGACACCCAGAGGAGCAAGUGUUGGCUCACCUGAGAUAAGAAGACACUAAUGAUUUUUUGAAAUUUUAAUGACACUUAAAUUCAAGAAUCAUAGAAAUUAACAUGAAGGGAAAGAGAGAAGCAAGGGGCAUAAAGUAGGAUUUCUUUGCAAUAGUUACUUCGCAAUAGUAUUCAUGUGUCCUUUUUCUAUGACCUGGGUCAUAAUGUUGCUAUAUUGAAUACUAUAGCUGUCAAGCUCAUUGUUACAAUCUAAUACAAAACAAUGAAGUCAGGAAGCCUGGGCCUCUUUCUUUGCAUGCAUAUAGUGAGUGUAAAAGGCCUCACACGGGUACUUCAAAUGGCUUCUUCAGAAGGAUGCUGGUAUGCAAGUGUUAUAAAAAGAGAGCAGAUAGGAGAGAAAGGGAAACAACCAUGUUUGCUCAUUUGAAAAUUCCCCCAAAGAACUGGUUGAAAGUGAUUGACUGAAGCCAAGUGCCCACAUAUCUGCUCUGUCGAGAACUCUAAAGUUAAGACCAUGCUGUGCUAGUCAGUGGAGAGAGGAGCAAACAGUAAGCCUAAUGUCAUUGCUUCAGAACAUUCCCAUGGAAACACGGUCAUCCCAAUUGAAAGUUAUAAAAUUCCCAACCUGCUAUGUAUUUCAUUCCAAACAAUUCAGUGAACAUUUCCAGAGAGACUCAUCACUCCCAGGAGAGAGAAGACUUGCUGUUGCUAAUAUCAUCAAGAAACCUUAGCUGUAAAAUCAAAUUUGGCAAAGGGAACCAGAUAAUAGAACGUUUAUAAGCCUUAACCUAUAUAGUUUAAAAUCCUGAGGUUUUGAAACUUCCAGCCACUACAUUACAUAUGUACAAAUACAUACCACCCCUCCCGCCAUCAACCUAAGUAUGAAUAAGUCCUCCUGACAACCUGGCUAAAUUUGUACCUAAAAAAGAUAUUUUUUCUUUCCAGGUCUUAGAUAUCAUUUCUUGUCUCUGAUGCAAUUAAGUUAGUAUUUUAAGUGUGCCCUUGCCUUCCCCUGUGGUCAUCUGGGUACCCCUGCCCAUCCAUUUUUUUUUUAAAAAAAAGAAGAGAACCCUAACUGCUUCAGAAAACACUCCCAAGAACUCUGGUGUUGUUUCAUCUCUUUCCUUUCUUAAUGCAAGUGGAAGGUGUUUCAUCUACAUAGCCUUUGCAGUGUGAAUGGAUAUGGGAGGUUCACAAGGCGUCCUUGGUCCCAAGAUGGCGGGUUAACCAUGAGCAUCACAUCUGUGGGCUCACAGGAAAACUGCUUUAGAGCAAUGGCCCAGCUCCCUGUUAUUAACCCCGCCAAACAGCAUCUACUGCCAUCAGGAGCUUCGAAUGACUACAGAGAGCAAGAGAUGUGUGAGUUCCUCCCUGACGCCAUGUAAAGUUUGCUAUUGCUCGCUGGCUGGUAAAGAAGGGCUGAGAGUUGUACUGUAUAGUGAUGCUUCCGUUCUGCUCACAGAUGC